AUGCACAGAGGUAUUUUUGCCUUAGCAGGAGCGCUGACAGCAGGUAGUCUCUUUGCUUAUUGCGCAGCCCCCCACAGCAUUCUCCAUCUCUGGGGCAACGGCAUCUACGAUCCUCGACCAGGGCAUCCAGAAGAUCUGCUCAAUUUCACAAACUUUACACCUCGCAAAAUAGCAAAUUUUCAGGACAAAUCCUCCCCAAACCUAGUCAAAGUUUCCUUUGGCACAACUCACGAAGUAGGAUUAGAUGACAAAGGCGAUAUCUAUAUAUGGCCUAUCCAUAUCGUCAAUAGUGUCUCGCUUCCAGAAAUUGACGAUCACGUUCGAGAUGUAAAAAAGCUGAGUUCUGGUGGAAAUUAUACACAAUUACAGUGGACAAAAGGCAUUUUAUUUGCGCUAAACAAAAAAGGUGAAGUCUGGGAAUGGAGAUUUGACUUACAAGAAAACCCUGUUGCUAGACGAAUUCCAAGACUUAAAAACAUUAAAAAGAUUUCUACUGGAUAUGACCAUUUAGUAGCUCUUGAUAAUGAAGGACACUGCUGGAGUAUGGGAGAUGAUACUUUUGGACAAUGUGGCCAGAGCUUUUUGAAUAGAACGACAAAUGCUCCGUAUUUAUCUCUUCGAUACCCUAACCCUAUGAUGAUAUACAAUAUAGAAGGAAAAGUUAUUGACAUAGCGUGUGGUAAACAGCAUACUAUUGCUCUUUUAGAAGAUGGCUCUGUUUUAGGCUGGGGAAGAAACCAUAAACAGCAAUUCGGGCUGUUCUUAGAAAGUGAUAACAAAACUGCAAAACAAGUUAUUUAUUUACCCACAGAAGUGAAUGGAUCCUCUGAUAAAAAAAUCGUAAAAAUUGCUGCUGGGGACUAUUUUUCGUUGUAUGUUGCAGAAACUCGUACAGGGGAGGAAGAAGUGUAUGCGACAGGACUGAACUCAAGAGGUCAACUUGGUCUCGGAUUUCUGACACAUUGCACUUCCUUUGUAAAGGUCCAACAGCUUUCAAAUUUUGUAGUGACAGACCCAAAAAAUGGAAAAAUUAACCCAGUUAAGUAUUCACAGCUAGAAUGCGGAAGUGAACAUUGUAUGGCACUUAUGGAUGUAGGGGCUGUCUAUAUAUGGGGAGGUAAUGAAAACGGAGAGCAGGGAAAUAAAAAGAGAACGAUACAGGAUAAGCCAAGGAUUAUGAAAUAUUAUAUAGAUAAGGAAGUUGUCAGCAUAAACUGUGGACAAAAGGGAAGUGCAGUGAUAUGGAAGGAUAUCUAG